AUGAUCCCAAAUAUAGGCGCAGUCCGUGCACUAGGGGGAUAUAGUGCCUCUCUGAUGCACAGAUUGCGCCCAAUGUACGGGCCUCAACUGUCGCAAAUGAUCCAAACCGCCAGGCCAAAGCCUCAGUUCAAUCAGUCCAAGUCCCUCUUCCGGAGCGAUGCUCAAACAAGACCAUUCAACUCAACUGGCCCAAAGGAUCGCCAAUAUUACCGCUUUAAGGGUAGCCGACCGUCAAAGUUCUCCCGAAUCGUUGAAGCGCUCAAGCCACGACACUUCGUAUUCAUCGGCCUCGGUGCCUCGGGAGUGUAUCUCUACAAUGUCGAGGAAGUGGAGAUGACCGGUCGCCGACGCUUCAACUGUAUCUCGAAUGCACGGGAAUUGGAUAUGGGCACUGGAACAUACCGUGAAAUCCUAGCCUCCGAGCGCGGGAAGAUCCUCUCUGUUAAUCACCCACUUACCAAGCUGGUUGAUGAAGUCAUGCAGGAUUUAAUCGCCGAUAUUGAGAUUGAGGGGGCAGACUGGAGGGUCUACGUUAUUCAAGACGACGAGAACCAGAAUGCCUUUGUGCUUCCUGGGGUUUUUGUCUACACUGGGAUCCUUCCUAUCUGCAAGGAUACCAACGGACUGGCUGCUGUGCUGGCACACGAGAUUGCACACGUUGUGGCCCACCAUCCUGCUGAGCGAAUGAGCAAUGGUCUCUUCAAGUUUGGCAUUGUUAUGGCCCUCAGUCUACUUUUUGAUAUCUCUGGACAGUUUUCUUCCCUCCUGGUGAAUCUCAUGUACAGCUUGCCAAACUCGCGGGUACAAGAGGCCGAAGCGGACAAAAUGGGACUCAUGAUUAUGUCCAAAGCUUGUUUCAACCCCCAGGCGGCGGUUCAACUGUGA